AUGGCCAUAAAGAAACCCAACAUGCUGCGGCAACUAACGCCUCGGCUCCUCCGAAUCUACACCCUUGCAUCGAGAAACCAGUUCGGUGCCAUGGUACGUCGCCUGUCUAUUGAUCUGAGCAACUUUGGCUAUGACAACAACUGGUGGUCUGGAGCCAUAGCGUCCAAAGAGUUCAACGACGACUUUGGCAAGCACAUCAACGGGCCCGAUCAGCCUCGGAAGUUGCCGUCGGAUUGGCUCUCUGCGGCGAGCGGAACCCCUCUUGCUGGCUGGAUCGUAGGCUGCUUCAUUGCCAGCUAUCUCAACAGCGGUCUAGGGAGAAGAAAGACAAUCAUGGUUGUCUGUGCCAUUGGCCUUGUUGGGAUGGUGAUGCAAUGCGCCAUUCCGAGCUACUGGGGUCUGAUGGCCGGGCGCCUCGUCAAUGCCCUCUCCAUGGGCAUCGAGGCAAACACUGUGCCAAUGUACAUGGCAGAACUUGCACCGGCCACGAUCCGCGGCGGACUCGUGAACUUUUACCAGAGCUCGCUCUACGUGGGAGCGAUCCUGGCCACAAUCACCGUGUAUGGCUCGACCAAGAGCUUCGACAACAAAUGGGCCUACCUGACACAGUCACCUCGCUGGCUUCUCCAAAAGGAGAGGAGGGAGGAGGCCCACAAGGCACUGGCAUUCGUACGAGAAGGUUCCUUGAACGAAGAAGCGGUCGCGCUGGAGCUGAGUCUCGUCGAGAUGGCGAUGCAGGAAGAGCAGCAGAACCACCGUGCCACCAGCUACCUCGACUGCUUUAGGGGUUCCAACCUUCACCGCACGUGCAUCGCCAUGGGCGUCCAGUGCUUGCAGCAAGCCCAGGGGAACUCCUUCACCUCCACCUAUCUCGUCAUCUUUCUUCAGCAGGUCGGUAUCGAGGAGCCGCAGUUGAUUGCCAUUGCGUACUACGCGUGCAACCUAGCUGGAUGCAUAUUGGCUUUCUAUCUGUCGGACAAGAUCGGACGACGCCCCAUGAUGAUGGGCGGUGCCCUGCUCCUGGCUGCUCUUAUUUGGAUCACAAGUGGCCUCGCCAGUUGGGCUCCUCUCACACCAGCAGUGGCGAAUGGUUCCAUUGCCGCCAUCAUGCUUUACGGCGCAGUUGCGGCAUCGUGCUGGGGCUCCAUCAUGUGGACAGUUACGGCCGAGGUGGGGACGACACAGCUCCGCGAGCGUACGAUUUCGAUUGCGACCAUGGCCAGUUUUUCGACGAGCCUGUUAGUCACGUACAUAAACCCCUUUAUCCAGAACGAGCCGGGGAACCUGGGCGGACGGGUCGGCAUGAUGUAUGGCGGCAUCUCGAUUCUGGCCUUUAUCUUUGUCUAUCUCGUGGUGCCCGAGAUGAAGGGGCGGAGUUUGGAGGAACUGGACGAGCUCUUUCAUGCAAGGGUGCCUGCUUGGAAGUCGACCCAAUUCCAGGCCACGGGGAUUGGGGCCGAGAUCACCGGUGUUCGGGCAGUCGAAGGAAAGGAUGCAGACACUGUUGAGGCCGUCGAGGGGGCACAUCCUACGAAGGAGUGA